AUGGCGGACGCAUCCAAGCCUUCGAAAGGCGUUGCCCAGCGGCUGCUGGGCGUCGUUCCGGACUGGGUGUCGAGUAAUCUGACGUCGUCGCGAUCUCUGAAGACUUGGUUUCGCGCUUGGCUCGCUGCAUGGGCUGCUCUGAUACUCUUACUCCCAAACGCUUCGAUCACGACCAUGGGGAACACGGCAUUCUACGCGUUACUCAUGGGCACUGCUUUUAUACCCGCGUCUGCUCCUAUCCAGCUGUUCCUCAUCAUGCUGGUCACUGCGAUAGGCGGAACAUGCAUGGGAUGGGCGUUGGGAGCCGCCGCAAUGCGGGCGGCAUUGGCGGCCCGUGAUCAACAUCUCUUACAGAGUACGCUCUUGAAGGCUCAAGAAAGUGCCGCGGGUUACGCGAACCCUGAAGCCGUGAUACAGUUGGACGUUUUUCAGGGGCUCUUUCUGGACACUCGAUCUUCUGUCGUAUACGGUGUCUUUCUCAUCGCCGCAUGUUUCUUCUUUGGACUAGUACGAACCUAUGCGCCACCACUGAUUUUUUUCUCGCUGUUCGGAACGAUAGCGAUUGAUAUCUUCUGUACGAUCGGGCCCUUAUUCCCUGCACCUCAGUAUCUGAUACUGAAUAGUCUGCUCAUAUCGGCGGCGAUGUACAGUGCCAUCGCCAUCUUUGUCAUCAUCUUCAUCUUCCCGCAGACCGUCAAUCACGCCUAUCUGUCACUGCUUUCUCGUUUACUGGGUGUCGUCACGGCCGUCAUGUCUGUGCAAAACGAGAUACUGCUAGACUCCCGUGGAAUGGGUCAAAAGCUUGAGAAAGCACAGACACUCCGAACAGCAAUGUUCGCUCUUCUGCGCGGCCUGAAAUCGCAAGCUGGCUUGCUUAACGCCGAGUUCACGUGGGGCCGCAUGAGCGGAGAAGAUGUCGCAAGCUUCCAAGACCCCUUGACAGACGUCGUCGCGCGACUCAACGCCUUGAUGGUGUUCGUGAAGUUGUCGCACAAGUCGUACACCCGAGCGCGAGGCACGCCGACUGAGGACAACGACGACUCUGACUCCGAGAAGGCAUCAGAUGGCUCAUCGAAAGCAUCACUUAGGUCCAUUCCCUCGACUACGGAAACAUACCUGAUCCAGCAAUGGCGAACACGGCACACUGCGAUUCAAGAGGAACAUCAUCUGCACUUCGCGGACCUACUUCCUGUACUUCAAUCUACGACGGCGGACGUGCGCAAGAGCAUGCUGGACGGCAUCUCUGCUGUUCAGGCUUCCCUUGCUUUCGCCAACGAAAAUCGCUAUAGAACGCCUUGGACGAAGCGCAAGGACUCCUCCGUCAUCGACUCGCAGCUUGACAAUGCCUGUGAUGCUUUGAGCCAAGCACUGAAGGAGUUCAAGGCUACUAGGCGUCUAGAGCUACUGGCCCCUUAUCAGACGGCACUGCAAUCCCAGAGCAAAGGAAUCCCUAUGCUGCCAGGCUUGCAUGUGAACUACGUCUACUCUGCUUCACUUGUACUGGUGGCGGAAGCCGCGCUAGCUCUCACGGAACAUGUACGCACACUGCUGUCCCAACGCGCGCGUAAUCGUCUAUGGGCACCGACCGGGCUUCGAGCGCUUGCCCACGCCAUGACGAAGCGCCCCGUUGAGGAAGAGGAGGAAGUUGCUGCGCAAGAGGAUGUUCCUGUUGGGCAGACGGACUUCGCAAGUUAUAGGAAGGACCCUGACACUCGGUCUGUACGCGGGCCGAUUCAACGAUUAUUCUCUACUAUGCGCCAGGCAUACGCGUGGUCUUUCUCUCCAAAUGGUCUUUAUGUCCUCAGGUACUGCGUUGUCACCUUUGCGUUAUGGCUCCCUGCCGUAUUUAAAACCUCAGCCGAGUUCUACUAUAAGCAGAAGGGUGUCUGGGGCUUGAUCAUGGCUCAAAUGACUAUUGGUUACUUCAUAGGCGAGCACCUAUCGGUCUAUUUUACACGCAUACUCGGAACCAUAGCCGGACUUGUGGUCGGAUUGCUCAUAUGGUAUAUCGGAAAUGGGCAUGGCACGGGAAAUCCCUACGGAUUUGCAGCUAGUUCCGCCGUGUUUCUCGCGCCACUGAUGUUCAUUCGUGUCUUCGUACCUGCAAAGCACAUGCCAUCUGCCUUAAUACUCAACGCGACAGCAGCCCUGGUCAUCGGCUAUUCAUGGUUGAAUACGCACUUACCAGUCAUCUCCUUUGGUUACGGCUGGAGCAUUGCCUGGCGCCGGUUUCUACUCGUAGUUAUCGGCUGCGUAGCAUCCUUCAUCGUCAUGUUUGUUCCACCGAAGAGCGCGCGCAAGGCGGUACGCGUUCGGAAUGCGACAGCCAUCAGCGGCUUGUCUAACAUCUACCUCGACUUGACCACAACCUGGAUCGGAAAUAGAACUGAUGGCGAUCGGUCCGAUGGGCUGACCGAGGACUCGACCACAGUCCAGCGUCUCAAGACGCAGCUCGUCUCCGUUGCGACACAGCUUUUGUCCCUCAAUGAUGUUGUAGAAAGCGCUCGGUGGGAAGCCGCUAUUCUCGGAGAGUGGCCAUACAAAGAUUACAAGGCGAUGCUUGAAGUUGAACAGGAUAUGGUUGCUGUUCUUGCGCUCAUGGGCAUGUCGCUAUUGAAAGUCGACGCUGAAUGGCGCAGGAAGCUCUUGCAUGAGACGCAGAUAGUAAACCCGAACUUCAUUUCCGAUGUCUUGUCAGUCUUUUCUCUAGUAUCACAUUCGCUCAGUCGAGGCGAACCCCUUCACGGCGUCAUUCCUCGCCAACUUCUUGACCGGCUCCUAUACCAUCGCUCUAUCGCUUCUCAGCAGCAACAAUCGGGACAGAGCAUAGCGAAGGAGUUGGGGUCUUAUGAAGCUCUAUUCUACACGUCUGCUGUCAUCUCCGUGGUACAGCUGGCCCAAUGUCUCGACGAGUUACAUGCUAUCACGCGCAGACUGUGCGGCGAAGUACCCUUCAUCGGCUUCGACGAAUGGAAGAACGAGCACCAGCGCAUUCACCACGCCUUCCCACCUUCGGACACGAAGCCCGAGAAUUCCGACGUCGCAUGA